AAUUGAGUGGCCCGGGGAAAGAGGUGGCUACUGAAGUGGUUGCACGACUCGUAUGAGGCCUACCGUCUGUUCACCUUCGAAGACGUCGUCCAAAUGCUUAUCCGUCACCUGGCUGGCGUUCUCAACAAUGCGGUCGAGUCGAAGACGGUUGGCGGCGUUACAGCCUUGCCAGGUCUCAGGAAGAACCGUAGAAAGCACACCGGUCUAUGGCCUACGGACGCUAGCCAGCUUAUGCCUUAUGGGCUUGAGAGGUCUAUCCAAGGGUACGCGGUGUCAUUCCGGCUGUGCCGCCAGGACGGGUUCCCGGAUAUCCUCCUACUCUUCAACAAAAUCCUCGCUAUAUGCGGUCGAUCAGUUAUCCCUCAUCUCCUUCAGUUCGACUCUGCAUGGCCCAUGAGGAUCACGGAUCUCACCAUCGCCUUCCUCCAGGAGCGGCGAAAUACGCUUGGGAAGUUUGUCGACAUAGACACCGAGUUGCGCUGGAUGGAAGCACUCGCGCUGGUAUUGGAGUUCUGCGCGAACGUGACGGACCUUAGCCAAGUGAACUCGACAGACCUCAUGCUGUUCAAGUUCGUCCGCAUGCUCACGUGGGUCAACACCAUCCAGGAGGUCCGCAGCUGCGGCCUCCUCUUCGUAUGCGACUGCAUCAUCAACGAUCUCCCGCUGUUCCUCAUCGAGACGAAGGUGUGGACGCAAGACCAUAUCAAUCAGUUCACCGAGCUCUUCGCCCGCUUCGGCUCUAUGUUCUACGCUGACAAGCCGGAGGAGGACCAGACGGUAUACAGCCCGGAGAUAGUCGCCAGGUACGCAGCAGCGAACGUCCGGCUUGACGAUCCCCUGCAUCUCGCCUUCGAAGGAUUUGCCUAGGCCUCCAAGUUGCGUCACUGCUGCGCACCUCAGUGUCGCGAGACGUUCACCAGCGCGCGCCGGACGUUCGCUCGGUGUG